CGAGAACCUGAUAAAGGGGUUUUACCGACACCCCAUUCCAAUGACUAAUAUUAUGAUGGCAUCUGGGAAACCUGAUCCUGCUCUGGGAAAUUCCUCCUAAACCCAAACACAGCAUGCGAGAGGAAGGAGAGUAUAUAAGUCAGAAGGUUAGUAGAACUCAGUCAAACACAACUUCUGCAAGCAAGCAAGCAAGCAAGCAAGGAUUCUGCCUUUCAGGAACACAGCCAAGAAAGAAAUCGCCUGCCUCACCAUGAACGCCAAAGUUGAUGUGUGUGCAGUUCUUGCUCUUGUCCUGCUCUCUGCAACUCUGACAGAAGGCAUCCCACUGGCCCGGAUGGGAACUGAGCUCCGAUGCCAAUGCAUUAGCACCCAUUCCAGAUUUAUCCCUCCCAAGAAGAUCCAGGACAUCCAGCUGACACAAAGUGGGCCCCAUUGCCAGAAUGUAGAGGUCAUUGCCACUCUUAAGGACGGCAGAGAGGUAUGCUUGGAACCCACAGCUCCCUGGGUGAAGGUGGUCAUCAAGGCCAUCCUCAAUAAGGCUCAAGCCAAUAUCGAAUCACAGCUAUAAGGAGAGCUUCUGCAUCCCUCACGUCUUGCUUCACUGAAAGAUGUGGAGCCAUUUCAAUCCAGCCUCUUUUAAAAGUCACUUUAAACUAGGAAUGCUGGUUCCUUAUUUAUAUUACAUAAGAGGGUAUGGGUCAGAGAGUGUACGGGGGUACGGCUCAGAGAAACCACAUACCCUGAAAGCAUGAAGAUAACGAGAUGGGAAAUGAAGGCCUUUUGGAAAGCAGAAUGUAUUAAUCAAUGUAGCUGUAAUAGUUUUGUUUACAUCAAAGCUACUAUGAUAAGCCAAUUGGCAAUAGUGUGAGCCUUUCCGACUGAUUAUUUAUUAAUGCUACCAUAUUUGAAAUAUUAUUUAUUACACCUGAACUCUUGUGUGUCUCAUAUGGGUUUUAAAAAUUGUAAUAUUAAAGUUGGGUGGAAUGUUUAUUUAAUGAUUUGCCAAAGAA